CUGACCGCACCGCACGCCGCCACUCGCUCGCUCCUCGCCUGGCCACACAUGGCUCUUCUCCUCAGCGGCUCCGUGCUGUUCGCGGCGCUGCUGAUGCUGGCGGCUGCCCUGCCCGGGGAGCUGAGGGGCCAGAGAAGCCCGGCCGCGGCUUCAGAGUAUGGGGUGAAGCUGUGUGGCCGCGAGUUUAUCCGGGCGGUCAUUUUCGCCUGUGGAGGCUCCCGGUGGAAGCGGCUGCAGCAGGAGGACGGGACGGGUCCCGGCUACCGGAAUACAGACACAUUACAGGACUCUAGAAACCAAGAGUUACAGCAGUUAAAGAUGCAGUCUCUUCUGGGAUCUCGGCUGGAACAGCUUCAGAAGUCACAUAUACCGUUAAGACAGCAGCCACUGAAGGAUUCUUACCAUUCCUAUGAUGAUUACAUUUACUCACCAGUAGAGGAGUUCAGUGAAUAUGUUCAGGAUACCAAUGAAUCAGAAAACAGUGCUGCUGCAGGCGCCAGUAGCUUUCCUUGGAUCAAAUCCUCCAGAAGGAGGAGGGAACUUUCAAUCGGAGUUGCAGGCAUUUGUUGCAAAUGGGGCUGCACAAAAUCCGAGAUCAGCACCCUGUGCUAAACUUCCAGAUAUAAUACUGUACCUCUAGAUUCUGUAUAUCGUGUACACAGACUUAGCAGUAAGGUGAUCUACCUUAGUAUUUCACAUACAUUGACCAUACAGGAUAUUUUGGUUGAUCGCUAUUUGUACUUUAAUCAAAGGCCUUUUUG